AAAACCUCUCUCUUUCUCCCGUCCCGCUCCUCCCAAUCAUGAUUUCAUAACGCGAGACAAUUCGAAGAACGCGGCAUCGUGUGUAUCUCCUUGAGCUUAGGCACGAUGUCAGACGAACGAUUUCUCCUCCGAACGGGCCGUCCGCAUGGGUGGGGAAAAUCGAUAUGAAAAGGCGAGUUCAAAGCGCGAGGGAGAGCGCACAACAGCGCAGCAGAGCACCACCACGAGACGGGUCAUUAACGCUCGCUCGGCGCGCCGCGACAAGUGACGUUUCCCCGCGGAUGAAACAGGAGGACGAGAGAAUGUCGCAGCGGCGAAAGGAGUGCCGCGGGAAACGUCUGGUAGUCACGAGUCGAUGAGGAAGGUGCUCGCGAGCUGGACGGUCGAGCGUCGUCAUCCGCGUCGCGGUAACAGCUGUGCUGGUGCGGGAAAAUGCUGAGGGUGUCUGUCGUCGACUCUUGACGGCUCUCGGCUCUUCAGGACACAGAGGCGGCGGUGGAGGACGACGGAGAAAAAUGACAGCGACUCGUCGACGGUUGGUGCGCGUGCUGUCCCUGUGGCUGCUCUGCUUGCUCUCCCUGCAGCCAGACUACGCGCACUCCACGCACAUCACCGGUACAUUCAACACGAGGGAGUUCUUCCGUUUCCUCAUCAAGUUCGGCUUCCAGAAGACCGACCGCCACCGGCAGAAAGACUCGUACGGUUAUAUAUUCGGCAAUGUGACCGCGACGACGGACUUUGACGCGCCGAUCACCCUGGCGAUACUCGAUCGCGGCCACUUCCUCGAGUAUUACGGCAAUCGCACCCUGAUGAAUAAGAGCACCGCGUGCGCCUACAUGUUCAACACGUUGAAAAAGAGUUCCUACGAUCCGCACUGCAACGAGGAGGGUCAAGAUUUUCUCAGGCGAGUUCCGUGUCCUCGAGAUAAAUUGUGCCCGGACGAGGACUCUGUGUGGAAUAUCGUAAAGGGACAUCAAUUCACAUACGUUAUACAGGAUUUUUGGCAACCACGAUUUUGGUACAUGAGCCUGGUCGCGUGCUAUAGAAACAGAACAACCUGUCAGUGGGAGUAUUACAACAAACAAGAUGAAUUGAAAUAUGACAUCUGGCUAGUAAAUGGCAAUCCGAACAUCAGUGGCCUAAACAGUCUGACUUAUCAGUUCUCCUACGACAGACAAGACACGAUCGAGCUAUACUUAUUGUUUUUUCUGUGUUACAUCAUAUUAGUGCCACUGCAGUUGUAUGCAGUAAGAUUACAAAAGCAUCCUGUAACAAGAUUAUUCACUGCUAGUUUAUUAUUAGAAUUUGUAGCAGUAUGUUUAAUCUUGAUACACGUAUUGAAAUUUGCACUAGAUGGAGUGGGCUAUGAGCAAUUAGAAGUUGCAGGUGAUAUUUUUGAUAUCCUAUCACGGACAUCAUUUAUGUUAUUAUUACUUUUACUCGCCAAAGGAUGGGCAGUAACAAGAAUGGAAUUAACAUGGAAACCAUUGGUGUUUGCAAUAUGGUUUUGUUACGGGGUUGUUCACAUCUUGUUAUACGUAUGGAAUAUGACGGAAGUUGACAUUAUUGAAGACAUAGAUGAAUAUCAAACUUGGCCAGGAUGGUUCAUAUUGUUAUUUCGAAGUGCCAUAAUGGUAUGGUUUCUGUAUGAACUUAGAAACACCAUGACAUAUGAGCAUAAUACUCAAAAAUUGAAUUUUCUCCUUCAUUUUGGAGCAUCAUCAUUAGUUUGGUUCAUAUAUUUACCCAUUAUAGCACUUAUAGCGCUUCAAGUGAGUGCACUGUGGAGGUUUAAACUGUUAUUAGGUAUAACAUACUCAGCAGACUGUUUUGCUUAUUGUGUAAUGGCUCACUUAUUAUGGCCCACACGGAGUGAACAAUACUUUUUACUUGCACAAGGUGCAGAUAACGGUGAUGAACUUGAUGAAUUUAACGAAGCGCCGCAUGUAUUAAAUAAUUAUGUAGAACCGCCAGAACUCAGUAAAAUAAUCACUUAAUACUCGUCCAUUGGAGAUAUAAUAUUAAACAAUGAUAAACGAAGUUUCUAAUUACGAAUGAUGUGAUGUACAUUUGCCAAAUGGUCAGUCUAAUAGAAUUGAUAAUAUUCUAAUAUGUGCUACUGAACUGAGAUAUUGUUGUAUGUACACAUCCUAUAAAUUAGAGAUGUAUCAUCAAAUUCGGCUAUGUGAUAUGAAGUUAAUUGAUGAUACAACUGGUGAGUAUGAUAUGAGUAUAAUGCUAUAAAUACAAUUUUUUCAAUUUUAUAUAUGGGAAACAAAGCAUGAAUUUUAUUCUUAGCAAUUUUGUAUAUAUAUGUAUAAAGAAAAAACAUUAAAUAUAUAUUCUUUUGAAGAAUAUAUUCUUACAUUACGUUGCUAAGAUUUACAAACAGAUAACUGAUUUGCAUAUACUAGGAUAUAAAAAAAAUUAAUUACAUAUUACAAUAAUAUAUAGUAUCCAAAAUUUAUCAUGCAAGUACUUUCUCUAAAUAACAAUUUUACUUACUCAUAUCAUAUUCAAAAUUUUGAACUUCAAACAUCAAUCAUUUUCCAGCCAUUCUAUACAUUUUGGUUGUAUAAAGAUUUCUAUAAUACAUUUAUAUUAUAUAUAUAAUAUAUAAAAUCAUUGAGAAUUGAAUUUUAUAGUAAGGUAUAUACAUUUUUUAUGUCAUUGUUUAAUUAUUCAUUACUUGUUAUUAUCUUGUAAUUAUUCCAUGUCUAUUCCAUACGAACAAUAUUACAAUGUGCGCUUGAACAAAGAAUGUGGUGGGAAAUAAAACUUAUAUAAUUUUUAUAACA